AUGAAAAGAAGAGUUAUUGAUAAGUUGGUGAUACGUGAGUGCCUUUCUAACGAUUACAAAUUCGUUGUCAAGGUGAAAUGCGAUGAAGAAGAAGUAGAUAUUGAUGACUUGGUGAAAGAUCGAGGACGAUUCAAGAGGCUUCCUAGGAGACCAGCCGUCAAGCCACAUCAUCCUGAACAUCGUAUUGAUUCAACUUUUUCGCUGAUUUCGAGAUGCCUCAGCAAGUUGCUCAAGGACGCUGUUGUUAAAUACCUGUGGAUCACAGUGGGGCGUCUCACAGACCAUUUUCUGUCGUUAUUGGCGUCAUGUUUAUUGGAUGCAAACUGCCGUGUGCAGAAACUGGAAAUGGAAGUCGACUCUCUAGAUACCGUUAAGUCUGCUGUACUUCUGCGAUUCAUUCGCGCCGCUGAGCCUACAGGAAUCUAUAUAGGCUUAUAUGACUACCUCUCUCGGCAUUCAUUGAGUCCAGAAGUUCUUCAAUUUAUUGUAACGAGACAGCGCUUCUAUUUAAUCUCUGAAAUAAUUUAUGGUCUUCCUGUUCCAAUAGACGACAGUAUUCUCGCACAGAUCACUGCUACUGACUUCGUAAUCCGCAUCUCGAACAUGGUGACCAUCGACGGCUUGAAAUCGUUUCUCGAGGUCAGUUUGACACGUUUCUCGGAGCUGUUCGCCUUGUCGAGGGGAGGGGGGGGGAGCAUUUAG